AUGCCGGCUCUCAGAGCUGCUGGUUUCUGCUGUCGGGCAGUCUCCCAGCUCCGGGCUGCAUACGCAGCCUUCUUGGGAACAAAGAAGCUCCUCGGCCGGAGUGUAGGGAGUGGGUGGGUGAACGCUGGCCUGCCUGGGUCCCUCACCCCUCACCUCUGCUGCGCUGCCCCUGCCAGGUGCCGCCAUGCUGCCAUUGCCAAGUACUUUGGGGAUGCGCCCCCUGCCUGCACCAAGGGCUGUGACCACUGCCGGGACCCUGUGGCCCUGCGGAAGCAGCUGGAGGCCUUGGAGCACAGAAGCAGCUGGAACAAGACUUGCAUCGGGCCUUCCCAAGGGAAUGGCUUUGACCCUGAGCUGUAUGAGGGAGGCCGCCGGGGCUAUGGGGGCUUCAGCAGGUACGACGAAGGUUCUGGAGGUAGUGGGGACGAGGGCAGAGAUGAAGCCCACAAGCGGGAAUGGAAUCUCUUCUACCAGAAACAGAUGAGCCUACGCAAGGGCAAAGACCCCAAGAUAGAAGAAUUUGUGCCCCCAGAUGAGGACUGUCCCCUGAAAGAGGCUUCUAGCAGGAAGAUCCCCAGACUCACUGUGAAGGCCCGUGAGCACUGCCUGGGGCUUCUGGAGGAGGCUCUGAGCAGUAACCGCCAGGCCACAGGUACCACCCAUGGACCCGAUCUCCAGGCCAAGGCUGUGGAGCUGGAACAUGAGAUGUUCCGAAAUGCCAAGGCGGCCAACCUGUACAAGGCCAGUGUGCUGAAGAAGGUGGCGGAGAUCCACAGAGCCUCCAAGGAUGGGCAGCUCUACGACGUGGGGAGCAAUACCAGGAGUUGCAGUGCGCAGGCCCAGCCCCCAGAGCCCACCGAGUAUGACAUCCGGCCGGCCUCCCAGGUGUACUCGCUCAAACCCAAGCGGGUAGGAGCUGGUUUCCCCAGAGGCUCCUGCUCAUUCCAGACGGCCACUGAGCUGAUGGAGAAGAUGUGGGCUGAGGAGCAAGCCCCCCAGCCAGUGUGGGGAGGUGAGCAGGAGCCCCACAGCCUCCAGGGGGACUACAAUGAGCCCCUCCCUGGGCCCAGAGGAGAGGCCCUUGGAAGCAGUGCUCAUUGUGGGGGGUCCUCCCCUGAGAAGAAGGUGAAAAGCCCCUCCAAGGGCGGUGCCAAGGCCCGGGCCAGCAAGAAGCAGCAGCUCCUAGCCGCAGCGGCCCUCAAGGAUUCACAGAACAUCGCCCGCUUCUGCCAAAGGGCCAGGAGCCCAUCUCCCCUCACCUCAGCCCCAGGGGCAGAAGGUGCCGGCCCUUCCUGUGAGGGAGUACAGGGACCCCCAGCAGCCCCAGAGAAGUGCACAAGGGAGGAUGGAGCCCUGGGGUGUUUGGCUGCGCUCCCCCAGACCAAGGAGUGCACCGGGGAGAGGCCAAGAGCCUGCACACUCAGAGACCAGGGGCCCCCUGAAGGCCAGUCCACCCCCACAAAGGAGACACACAGGGGCAAGCGGUCCAGACCCCAGCAGGAGAACCCAGAGAACCAGGCUCAGAAGAGGCCUCGCCCCUCAGCCAAUGCCUCCAUCUUAGCUGAGGCCAAGGAGAGCAGCUCGGCCAGCAAUCAGGGCACCUUGAACCCCACAGCCCAAGAUUCCUGCCUUCUCCCAGCCCCUGGCAUCUCCCUCAAGGAGGCUGCAAAUGUUGUGGUCAAAUGCCUGACCCCUUUCUACAAGGAGGGCAAGUUUGCAUCCAAGGAAUUAUUUAAAGCCUUCGCCCGCCACCUCUCACACUCGCUGGCUCAGAAGGCCUCUCCUGGAAGGAGCGUGAAGGAAGAGGCCCAGAAUUUCAUCAAGCAGUUUUUUCACGGUCGGGCCCGGUGCGAGAGUGAAGCUGACUGGCACGGCCUAUGUGACCCACAAAGAUGACCAGCUCCUGCCCACUAGGGCCAGAGUGCUCCCCCAGCCUCAGCUGUGGGCCAGCCUGGGCCUCACUCAGGAACAGGGAAGGUGGAAAGCCUGCAGCCAUCAGGGGCCUCCUCUUUGCUCAGGGGCCAUACCUUCCAACCACACCUUGCUUUGGAGAUGGCCCCAGUCACCUCCCAAAUCAAGCCCAAGGGACAGAGGCCAGCCACUUUCUGCUUGCAGGGUCUCAGGUCUUCUUCCGCCCAGCCUCCCUGCCUCUUGGCUGGGUUUUCCGAACCAGAUCCCCAUAUUAGAAGCUUGG